AGGACAGGGAGCCAUCUGGAUCUCAAGCUACAAGAGUGACCUGUCUGAACACUGCUUGGCCACGUUUUCCUCAACCCCCAGAGCCAGCGAAUCUCCUGAGGGAAAAUAGACUCAGAAGGAAGUAGGAUUCCCAGCAAGUUCUGCCACCAUGAACUCCAGUGAAUUCCGAAGGAGAGGGAAAGAGAUGGUGGAUUUUGUGGCUGACUACUUGGAAGGCAUUGAGGGGCGCCAGGUCUACCCCGAUGUGGAGCCCGGCUACCUGCGGCCCCUGAUCCCCACCACUGCCCCCGAGGAGCCAGACACAUUUGAGGACAUCCUCAACGAUGUUGAGAAGAUAAUCAUGCCAGGGGUGACCCAUUGGCACAACCCCUACUUCUUCGCCUACUUCCCCACGGCCAACUCGUACCCAGCCCUGCUUGCAGACAUACUGUGUGGGGCCAUCGGCUGCAUCGGCUUCUCCUGGGCCGCGAGUCCGGCGUGCACAGAGCUGGAGACCGUGAUGAUGGACUGGCUGGGGAAGAUGCUGAAGCUGCCAGAGGCAUUUUUGGCAGGGCAAGUGGGAGAAGGGGGCGGAGUGAUCCAGGGAAGUGCCAGCGAGGCCACUCUGGUGGCUUUGCUGGCCGCUCGGACCAAGGUGGUGCGCCGCCUCCAGGCUGCCUCCCCGGGGCUGACGCAGGGCGCCAUCAUGGAAAAGCUAGUGGCCUACUCAUCGGAUCAAGCGCACUCCUCGGUGGAAAGAGCCGGAUUAAUCGGAGGAGUGAAAAUAAAAGCCAUCCCUUCGGAUGGCAAGUUUGCCAUGCAUGCUUCUGCCCUGCAGGAGGCCCUGGAGAGAGACAAAGCGGAGGGCCUGAUUCCUUUCUUCAAAGAAGGAAACAGGGCACCCGGCCCGGAGGAUCCUGAUAAGCCAAGAAGUCUUAUUUCUGCUCCUGUUAAAAGUGACACCAGUGGGGCCAGGGGGAGGGGUGGAGGGCGCACAGAUGAGGGACAUGCUGACGGAGCAGGGUCUAGGGAAGGGUCUCAGAGCAGGGUGAAGAAGAGGACAGACCUGAUAGGAGCCUUUAAACUGGACCCUCUCUACCUGAAGCACGGCCAUCAGGAUUCAGGGCUUAUCACUGACUAUAGGCACUGGCAGUUGCCACUGGGCCGGAGAUUUCGCUCUUUGAAGAUGUGGUUUGUUUUUAGGAUGUACGGAGUCAAGGGACUGCAGGCCUACAUCCGCAAGGUGACAGUACUUUCAUUACGUAUCUGGGUAAUUAAUAUCGGGAGGUCUUUAGGAGUUUAG